AUGGCGACUAUUAUCGGUGAUAAUUGCACGGAGAUUUACGGAACAUUUAAUAAAUCUUGUGCUGACACUUUUCUCAACAAGAAUGAAACCAUUGGAAACGUCCAGGUAAUCCAUCAUAUGUUUCCAGUCUCGUUAAUGAAAAGUUUCGUUAUCGCAAUGAACAGUGUGUUUUUACCCAUCAUUGUUCUGGUUGGUUUGGUGGGUAAUACACUGACGAUAUAUGUUUUCAAGAAAAAGAAACGGAAAACAUCCACGAUUCUACUGUUGAUCAGUUUAGCUGUCGCUGACUUGAUGUGCAUAUGUAUGCAAAUUGUGUAUCUUCUAGUCCAGAAUCGAAACCAUCAUUUCAAGUAUAUAAUGCCUAAAUUUGUCGUCAAUGGUUUCUUCAUGACCAGGGCCAUUUUUUACUUUGAUGGAAUUUCAAGAUGGAUAAAAGUUGUGAUCGUUUUGGAACGCUGUGUCGCCGUUUACUUUCCGUUUAAAGUUCGCAUCAUCUGUACCACCAAGAGAACAAUGGCGAUUGUCCUUUCCGUUUUUAUUCUGGUGCCGUUGUCCAGCAUUCCAGAACUGAUGCAUAUUGGCGUGAAGGGUGAUAGAUCGUCAUGGUCGACAUACGAAAUGGCGCUUCAAGCUAUAAAGGAAAACAAACCGGUAUUUGAGUGGUAUGGCAAUUUAUUUCAGCUGGUGUAUGGGAUGACAACCCUGAUGAUAAACCUGGUGUGUAACAUUGCAAUUGGUAUAGGUAUAAGUAAGAGUUCAACAUCUCUCUCACAAAUUACGGACUACAAUGACCUUCGCAGGACAGAGAAACAACGCAAAAUUACCCGGAUGUUGUUGAAAUUGAGCAUAUUCUACGUUGCUACAUGCUUGCCGAAGGAUGUUGGGGCUGUGAUUCUUCUGACGGAUACUUCAGGAACAAUUGUUUUCAUCGGAAACUAUUAUUUUCAGUCAGUCUUGCUUUUUGGGCUAUCGGCAUCUUUUAUGAAUAAUUCAGUGAACUUCAUCUUUUAUGGAACAUCACUUUCCACCUUUCAUCAGAUAUGUUGCUGUCGAAGGAAGGAUAUAAACAGCAUAAUCGGAAAUCCACCACCAGAGAGGACAAAUCCGGAAAAACCCAGCUCCUCGAGAAUUUCGGUAAACACUUGUGGAACACCACUUGAUACACCGAAUGGGUCAGAAGCGUGCUCGCCUGAUAUCCAUGCGAACUACAUUUAACUCCGACUGUAAGGUACUUUUUCGUAAAUAAAGAGGUUAAUAUGAACUAGAACAUAUCGUUUAUAAAACUAUCUACAAAGAAAAGCUACAUUUUAGUGAUUUUGAUUGCAAACAGUUUAUAAAUCGAAAUAAUGAAUUAAAGUAUUCAACUUACUUUGCUAGUUUCAGUAUAUACAGGUCAUCUCCACAUGG